AUGAGCAAGCGGACGCAUUCUACCGCGGCGGCCUUGGUCUGCUAUGGCAGAGAUGGAGGCACAUCUCAGGACAUUGCGCCGCCAGAAAUCAUAAUCGCCUCUGCGUACCUUCGAUCUCUCGGCGAAACUGCCUCGGUAACCGACUCUUUCUGGACCAUGCCGUCAUCCAGUGAUUGCGAAGAGUGGAUGUUGCCCCUCCAGUCCUCGAACUCGCCCAUUCUGGUCUUGGCGAAGCACAUUAGCCCUCGCAUCAAAUCUUCCGUACUGUAUGAGGAUAUUGCGACCACGAUUGACGGCGGCGGCCUCCUCGCUCGCUCGGAGGACCUUAUGAAUUCUUUGUUGGGCUGCGGCCGUGGUGGAGGCAUGGUCGGGUUUCGAGUGAACACGACGAAUCCUCUGUACGAGUCUGAGGAGUAUAAGAGUCUCAACGCCAAGCCAGAAGGUAUCCUAAUCAAGAUUGUUCGCAACCCGGAAUUCAAGGAGGAAGCUGCGGAAGUUGGAGAAGAAGAAGACACGGAAACUGGAGAAGAAACCACGGCUCCCUAG